AUGUCGCUCACCACUUCCCCGGUCUUCGGCACGCGUGUCAAAUCAUGCACCGAAUGUCGGCAACAGAAGCUCAGGUGCGAUGCCUCCAAAGACUAUUCUCAGCCUUGUUCGAGAUGUUCGCGAAUGAGACUCAAUUGCGUGGUGUUGAAGUCAUUCAAGCGAACCAAGAAACCAACGAGAGCUCAGUUACAAGCUGAGCUGGAUCGACUGAAGCAGCAACUUAUCACUUCAGAUGACUUUGAGCCCAACUGUACAGCUCCAGAUCCAUUGAUGCUACCAGUGAGCACUGGCGGCCACGGCAAUGUCCCUGGAGACACUUCAAACAACUCUCAACCGGGGGGAAAGCCAUUCGAGGCCAGAAUCUCCCGUGUAGCCGCAAAUGACCCUGUAUUCUUACCACAAAACACGUUCACGCCAGACCCUGAUUGCCAAUUCACCUCCAGCGGACUUACCAUGACAUGCUGCCAGGCUCUCGACGAUUUUGAACUUGGGAGCAACCAAAUUGAUGACUGUUUUUCCCUCUUCUCCUUGCAUUAUUCACCGAAACUGUACAUCUUUGACUCUCUGAUGGAUCCGAACGCCUGCUAUGCUCAAUGUCCCCUCCUUUUCUGGACCAUCGUCGUCACUGGAGCAAGGAAAUACUCCAAAGACCCGACCAUCCUCACCCUACUCGGUCCUAAAGUGAUCGAGCUUGCUGCACGCAGCAUGUUUUCGCACACCGAAAGGUUACCUACGAUCCAGGCUUACCUGCUACUCUGUAUUUGGCCAAUGCCAGUGGACACGAUGCACAAGGACAUCUCGCCGGUACUAUCAGGGGCAAUGCUGAGCUUGGCGAUCAGCAAUGGGCUCCAUGUCCAGGGCAUGGGCCAGGAUUUCUCGAGGACAACAUUGGAGCACAACGAAAACGAGUGCAUAUAUCGGGCGAACUUGUGGGUGCUAUGUACAGUUUCUUCUCAGUGCACGGCAAUCUCACACGGACUUCCACCACCUAUAAUAUUCGAUACAUUUGACCUGAAGCUUUCUCAGGAACAACAGCUCGCUAUUGUGCCCUUCAAGGUGCGAUUCAGGAAGAAAAUGAGUCAGACUCUCGCAUCAUGUGUAUUGGAACUGGGGCGCUGCGUUCAACUCAUUGAUGAGUCUGGAGGAGCUAGUUCUGUCAAAUCUAUGAUCGAGAUCUCUACGUGGCAAUUCACGCAGAUGGAGUCUGAAUGUCCUGAUCAAUUUAGUCGCCUCCACCUCCUCUGCGCAAGGUUGCAAAUCCAAGGCUUUCAUUUCUUCCUUGGGCCUCUUCACAGGGAUGAUAGUAGCUUGGUCAAGCUGUAUCUUCUGGCCUGCUCUGUCAUAGAGAUGGCAGUAGGCUUGGAUGAGACCGAAAACUUCAGCAGCUCCGCGACAGCCCACAGCCAGAAAAUGCUAGUGCUGGCACCAUGUACAGUACUCCGGAUCGCGAAAAGCCAUCUCGCCCCAGUGCUGGAUAUCGAAAGGGGGCGUAGGGCAUAUUUCGACAAUAUUCUGCUUUUCCGAAAGAUAUCCAUUCAGGACAGCGAUCUGGCGUCCAGGACCACUGUCAUCCUGACUCAGCUUUGGACGAGUAGGAAUGCUUUCAAAAACUCGGACGGCACUACUGACAGUCUUCUACUCCUUUGUCGCAGUCGGUUGAGUAUGAGCGUUGUUUUUGAUUGCUUCUGGCGCUGGCGAAGGGAGUUUGCUGGGCAGCAAACGCCAUAUAAAGAUACACAGAACGAAACCAGAGCCGCGCCAAACCAGCUUGUCCCCUCGCUGGGUCAUCCGAACGGAGGCACAGAAUCCUCAAACCACUUAUUGUCGUCCUUGUCACCAAAUGGAAGCUUCCCCGACUACGACUGGCUGGCCACGUUGGAUGUCCCGCUCGAUUUCGAUGGAUGCUUUCAACCAGAAGGACAGAUUCCGGUGCUCGAUACUGUCAGCUAUGAAGUUCUCACGUGA